GAUGCUAAUUUAAAUGACAUAUUAGUAUAAUAUAAUUUCAUUUAAUUUGUUUUAAAGUCUGGCUUUAUGGCAGAAGCACUUGAUUUGCGACCACUGUCUCCAAGCAACAGGACGCCUGCUGCACUGCGCCAACAGUGACGAGUCACCGUUGCAGAUACAGAUCGAAUAAACGCGUUUUGUUAAUCGAAAGUGUUCUGGGGGUAGAUUUUUAUGUAGUAUUUUGAUAGUGUAACCUGCCGAUAGCAUUUUCUGCGUUGUCGGCUUAAUGACAGACAUACGUCAAUUUAAGUAGCCACUUGGUCAGCUAACUGUAUGCUAGCUAGAAGCUAAUGCUACCUUCCAUGGCUAUCGGAAUUACUGAGGCAGAGUUGAGCCUGAAGACACAUUUUUGAUGUUCUAGUUCACUUUCGCCUUUGGUUUAAAUGUCAUCGCAUAGCCACCGUGCUCAAACGCGUUGAGAGAGAGAGAGAGAGCGCGAGCUAAAUACGUCGGUGUAAAUCCCACCAGAAGGUAUAUGACGCAAUAGGACGGACCACAUCACUAGUGACCGUCGUUUGAUAUUUACGGGGAGUACCUGAAGGCAGCAGAUCUGUCCCGUCCCGCAAACUUAGCUAGCAUUAGCCGGUAGGAGAACACCGCAGCAUCAGCAUCAUCCACACGCACAAUGAGAUGAAACAUUUACCCGCUUAUUAGAUUGUACGAGACGACGGUGAGGAUUAUCUCACAGACCAGAACAAGAUGAGUCGCUUCUGUUCGGAUAACAACAACUUUCCCUAUGACAACAACGUUCUGGUUUUGGACAUGGUGCUGGGCUCCCUGUGGGGUGUGCCCCAGCCCAUAAGCUGGGACAAUGUGGCCAAGCUAGUACCAGGCUUUACUCCUAAGGAGUGUGCCCGUCGGUUUGAGGAGCUGAAGAGCAUGGGGGGGUUUCCUCAUGUGGAUAACCAAUGCAAUGCCCUGAUAGAAGGAAGCAGCUCCCCGUCAGACCUCCUCUCCACACUGUUGGACACUCGGGACAUAGUGGAGAGAGGAAGUGGCCAGAGCAGCAGCAGCAAAGUUACAGGUCAGUUACUUUCACCCACAGAUAAAACCUUCAAUAAGUUUAAUCGGCAGGAACUGGUUUUAUCGAUAGCUUUACUCAUGUCUUUCAAACUUCACAGUGGACAGUACACAGUUCAUUGUACAUGGGGAGCAAGAGCUGUAUGUGUGCGUUUAAACCCUGGGAACCACAAGCUCAGGCUUCAGACUGCUCGAAAUAUGCUGUUUCACACAGUUUCCUACACUUUUGGCUCUGCAUGAUGUCAGUGAGGGAGGAUAUACUAAGUUUGGUCAUCUCAGGCACACAGUUCUGGCUAUGAGCACAGAAGCCCCACCCACCUGCUGUUCAAACCUUCUGUUUGCAAGAGGCAACCAAUAAUCUUUCAGACAGUGGAUAAACUCGGGGGCUGCACCGUGAAAUUAAAGAAUAAAAACGCACCACAGGAAAUGAGCGUAACAGGCAAACAUAAGUAUAAUAAUAACAUAAUUUAUUGUGUUGUUACAUACUACUAGAAAGUGCUGAGUAAAUAUGAAAUUAUGAAACCUAUUUACUAGGGGUGCAACGAUACACAAAAUUCAC